ACCAAAGGUUUGCUGCACUUGUGCUUGUUGUCUUUACCUGAAAGUCUCUCUAUUUUAGGAGAUCCCACCAGCCAAGAAUAUCUGGGAGCGAGGGGAGAGAAGAUGAAGUACGCUUUAGUACUUCUUCCACUCUUCUGCUUAGCAGAUGCCCAGUCUGCUCCAAAUUUUUGCUCAAAUAUGACCUAUGUGCUCUUAUGUGAAAAUCUCGAAAUAGGAGAUAAAGCUUUCCAGAUAUGUGCAACAAACCCUGAUAAUAAUCCUUUAAUAUACGGGAUUACAGGAGAAAACAGUCAUUACUUUAAUGUGAAUUCAUCCACAGGAUAUGUGACAAUAAAAUCAUACCUAAACAGAGAGAAUAUGGGAAACUUUGAUGUAACAUUGAGUAUUACAGAUCAGAUUCACGAUCCUAUCACUAAACAGUUUACAAUAAUUGUAAAUGAUGCAAAUGACAAUCCUCCAAUAUUUAAUGGAGUCCCAUACAUUAAAGAUGUCUUAGAGGAUGUAUCAAACUGGACAGAAAUAUUCAGAGUCAAUGUCACUGAUUUGGAUCUUCCAAGUCCAAUAUAUCUCUCCAUCACUGAGGUUAUUCCAGAUGACUCUAAAAACAGAGGCCUUUUUGCCAUUCAGAAUAAUGGGUCAGUCAGACUGAAUGGUGCACUGGACUAUAAUUCUAAGGGUCCCAACUACAGACUGAAGAUAUUUGCUGAAGAUAGUAGUGUAUCAAGCUGCCAUCCACCAAAAGCACUAAAUGCCACAACAUUUCUUGUUAUUAAUGUUGAAGAUGUCCGAAAUCUGGAUCCUGUGUUUUAUAACACUCCAUAUCUCACUUCUGUGGAAGAAAACACUCCUGAAGGCACAUCUGUCUUUCAAGUUCAUGCCGUUGAUGGUGAUAAAGGAAUCAAUGAUGAGAUCUUCUUCAGCAUUAAUGAGUCUAAUUGGAAUGGAUUAUUUAGAAUCGAUGAGUCAUCUGGAAUAAUAUAUGUAAACGGAAGCAUCGACAGGGAGGAGUUAUUGGACAUUAAAACUGUGGUAAAACUCAAAAUUAAGGCUGAAGAAAAUCACCCUUCUGUAAGUGGAAUGCCAGGCCAAGCUUUUACUUAUGUUAAUAUCACAAUUACGGAUAUUAAUGACAACAAGCCCAUAUUCUACAGCUGCCUCUCAGUCAUUUCUUGCAACUUCAGCCAAGAAGAAAACACAUUUGUUGGUGAAAUAGAAGAGCACUCAGUGUCUGGCAUUUCUGUAAAAAAUCUGACAAUUGUUGCUCGUGACUUAGACAAGGAUGAAAAUGCAAUAUUCAAAUUAGAACUACAAGGGCCAGAUGCGGAUGCCUUCUCCGUACGGCCUAGUGAAGUGUCUGGCAGUAGUCAGGUGGACAUUGUGGCCAAAAACCAAAAUGCUAUUGACUAUGAAGAAAAUACUGUAAUGUUUGUUCAGAUUAUAGCCUCAGAUCCUAAAUCAACAGGUGAUUGCUGCUCAACAGCUACAGUUACAAUCCAUGUUCUUGAUAUGAAUGACAAUAUACCAACUUUUGCAAAUGACACAUACACACUGUAUGUUAAAGAACAUUCUGACAAUAAUACCGUCAUUGCAGUCAUCACAGCUACUGACCCAGAUACAGCUGACCAGGGUAAACUAACCUAUAGGCUUGAGCCCAAAAGCAUAACAAAAUAUUUUGAUGUUAACCAAGCAACAGGGGUGAUCUUUGUGAAGAAUAAAGAAUUGCUGGACAGAGAAAAAUUUCCAGAUUUUAUUGCAACACUGCAAGCAAUUGACACCUCGAAUAAAAUAGGUUCCACAGCAAUAGAACUCAUUUUGGAGGACAUUAAUGACAACUAUCCCAGAAUUUCAAGAGAUCAAUAUACUCCUUUUGUCAAAGAAGGACCAGGUGAACAUGUAGAGAUUAAAAUAGAGGCUACUGACAGGGAUGACCCAAAUACUAACAACAGUGUGAUACGUUAUGGCAUUAUACCCAGUGACUACAGUUCCAACUUCAGCAUUGAUCCAAUAACAGGAUUUUUAACAAAUAAUGGAACCUUAUAUCGGGAGAAUAUAAACCCAGCAUUAAAUGGAACAAUUCAUCUGAAUGUGUCGGCCUGUGACUUGGGAGUUCCCAGCCUCUGCUCAUUUGUAUCAGUCGUCAUAAAUGUGGAAGACAUAAAUAACAAUGAUCCAGUCUUCUUUGCGGAUCUAUAUAACUUUACUGUGCCAGAAAGUGAGCCAGGAGCUUAUGUUGGAAUUGUGAGAGCCCAAGACCCCGACCAAACUGAAAUCAAUAAUCGCAUUAGUUUCAGUUUUUCUCGUGGAAAUGUAGGGAAGUUUAUAAUCAAAACCAGCAAAGCCAAAGAUAAUCAGGGCUAUACUGGGAAUAUUUCUGUGGCUCAGGAUGUUUCAUUAGACUAUGAGGAACAAAAAGAAAUUAUUCUGUCUGUUAUUGCCAGUGACGGUGAGAGGACGGCAGAAGCCACAGUAAACAUUAUAGUGACAGAUGUUAAUGAUGAACCCCCAAAGCUGGAUGCCACCACAUUACAAGAUGUUUCAGUCAAGGAGAACAAAUCGACUCUUGGCAUAGUCAGAGAAAUCAUUGGAACUGACAAAGACACCAAUCACUCUUUAGUCUACCAGAUGGUUUCAACAGCACAAUGCAAAUGCAAUGUAGGUGUGAACGAUACAGUCUGUCGCGACUGGUUUUACCUGAACCCAAAUGGCUCAGUGAUUGUGAAUGAGAGCUCAGUCAUUGACUAUGAGGAGUGCCAUCAAGUAAUAAUGAAGGUCAAAGUUGUUGACAUACUUACAGAAAAAGGAGUUAAUCACAGUGAAACAGGAACUUUGAUCAUUAACAUCCAGGAUAUUAAUGACAACGCCCCGGUGAUCACUGUUAAGGACAAUGUAUUCGUGGUGGUCCCAGAAGCAGCCAAAAAGGACGAUUUAGUAACUUCAUUGUUUGCAAAAGAUCGUGAUUCUGGAGUAAACAAAAUCAUUGAGUUUGAAAUACCAAAAAUAGAAUUUAUCUCAACUGAUGGAAACACAUUGCCCAAGAUUGGAAGCUUCUCUGUACGGACAACUGUUGAUAAUAAUAUCUAUGAAGGCUCUGUCAGGAUUGCAACCACACUAGACAGUGAAUUAAAAGGAAAAUACAGACUAACCAUCAUUGCUAAAGACAUGGGUGAACCUUCUUUGUCCAGCACUGCAGAAAUUGAAAUAUUUACAGUUGACACGAGUUAUCGAGUUGGCCUUGAAUUUACAACUCCAGUGGAAGAGGUUGAAAAGAAUUUUAAUUCAAUUAAAGCAGCUUUAAAUACUGCCACCCAAGCAAGCGUUCAUGUGGUAGAUAUAUUUCCCAAGGAUCAAACACAAAGAAAUAAAAUCCAGUCUGUUAUGGAAGCAUACUUUGUUUAUCUUAAUGGAACAGCUAUCAGCCCAAACAAUGUCAUCUCGAUCCUUCAGAGCGAUCAGGCUGCCUUUAUUGAACUUGGCCAAUAUGGACUCUGGUACAUUAGUGUACUAGGGACAACAGCUCCACCAGAAAACCAGAUAUACUUUUUUGUGAUUGCUGGCUUGGUGGUGUUUUGCAUCGUCAUUUUUUCAAUCAUGGUAACUGCCCUGGUUUGCACCCGAAAAAGCUUUAAAAGGAAAUUAAAGGCAAGUGAUGCUCUGAGGUCAGCUGUUCUAAUCACCCCAGGCAAUUUGCAGACUGGACCAGUGGUCCCAGGAACCAAUCAGUACACCAUGGACGGGGCCAACCCUGUUCUCAACAUGAAAUUUGACACCCCAGCAGACCUUGGAUUUGAUGAAGAAAACUCCAGCAGUGACAGAGCCAGCUUCAGCUCCUUGGAUUUGAAUGUUGACAUGGAAAUGACCGAUAAGGACACAGCACCUAUGAUGAUAAUUCAAGAAGAAGAUGAAGAAUGCAACAUCAAAGAGCCGCAUUACAUUGAGCCACUCAGUGCUGCUUUAGCUCAACACAAGAAUAAAGAACCAGAAACAACCAUGCAGUUCAUCAACCCCACACUUGACACCACUGACCUUUGAAGAUAAUACUCUAACAACAACAACAACUGCCUCCGAAAAUGAUUUGAAGCCUUUGCAUCACUUUCAUAUCUUUGUUGAAAUAAUGUUGAAUACAGUUGUUCUUAUUUUAUUUAAGUGUCUAUUAUUUCCUCUUAUUAUUAAAAGGCAUUUUUUCCAAGGCCCAGUUUUGGCCGCCUUAUAAUUUCUUUCUGUUCUUAUGUUUGGUUUGCUUUUCUUUGCUAAUGUUUUAUUCCAAGACUCACUCUGUUCCUUUUGACUGAUUGUAUUGUAAACAGACCUUAAAAAGAAGAAACUAAACAGACAAGUGCUAGUUGUACUCUGUGACAGA